CACACAACUUUUGACGCAAAUCGGGUAGUGGCAAAACGCUGGUCGUAACUCUCGGAGACUAGCGGCAGAAAAGCGCUUCAAACUUUGAUUUUCGGCCUUAAAAACACACACGGACGCCACGUUUCAGCACGUACACAAGCAGAAAUGACUGUUCAUGGAUUUUAACUGCGACUUGUGGCUUUAUUUGAGCGAAAAUGAGCCGUGAACACCUUUGAAAGAAUUGUUUUUUUUGGCGCCGCGGAAAGAUGGUGGAGCCUCGGCUGCUGUAGCUAACUGCGGCUAGCUGUGGAUCGCUUUGGGUUUACUUUCACCCACCAGGAGCUGAAAAAGUGUGUGAAUGCGCGGAGACUUGGACAUUUGGAUCGGGGACACCAGCGCAGACGCGUGAGGACAGUUGUGGAGACCGAAGAGCCGUUGAUGAGUUUGGACCAAAAUAAUGUCGUUCUGUGCGACUCUGAAGAUGGAACCGGAGCAACUGGAGGCUCGAUUUAGACAUCAGAUGGUGCUGUGAAGAACCAUGGGUGGCUGUUUAAGCUGUCCAGAGAAAGAGUCCAUCCCAGAUAAUCAUCAGAGCAAAUUCAAGGUGAUAAACGUGGACGACGAUGGGAACGAGCUCGGGUGUGGUGUGAUGGAGCUGACUGAGGCGGAGCUUGUGCUGCAUACUCAUCGCCGCGAUGACGUGCGGUGGCCGUAUCUGUGCCUGCGUCGUUAUGGAUACGACUCCAACCUGUUCAGCUUCGAAUCAGGACGCCGUUGUCAGACCGGGCAAGGGAUCUUUGCGUUCAAAUGCGCCCGAGCCGAGGAGAUCUUUAACCUGCUGCAGGAGGUGAUGCACAGCCACAGCAUCAGUGUGGUGGAGGAGGCAGUACUGGAGCCCACCCACCAGGGGGCGCUGCACACCAACACUCCAGCAGCUCCAGGAUACUCUGUGCCCACAGUGCCUAAUGGUGUCACCCGUCUCCCAUCGGUGGGUGACACGUCUCACCCGUCGACGCGGCACCCGUCUGUGGCCAGCACCCGUCUGCCCUCUGUGGGCGAGGAGUCCACACACCCUCUCCUCGUGUCCGACGACCAGGUGCACACAUAUGUGAACACGGCGGGGCUGGAGGAGACGUCCAGUCCCCUGACCGUCAUCACUCACCUGGAGAGUCCCACGUCUCCCUCCUGUCCCCCAACACCUCCUCCCCCGCCCCGAGCACCUCCUGUGCCCCCCACUCCCUCCUCUCCCCCUCCUGUACCCAUGGCUGUGCCUGCCUCUGUACCCAUGGAUGUGCCCGCCUCUGUACCCAUGGCUGUACCCGCCUCUGUGCCCACCGUACCCACGCCUGUGCCCGCCCCGGAGCCCGUGGUGCAGAUGGAGGGCGCAGCCGUCCGCUUCGUCCUGGGGCCUACGCCAGUGCAGCGGCAGCAGAUGGAGCAGCAGAGACAAAAGGACCAAUCAGAGACAGACAAACUGGACAAGGACCAAUCGGAGGCUGGUAUGGUAGAGGAGGCGGGGACUCAGCCCAACGGCUCCGCCUCCUGUGGCCCCGCCUCUCGGCGCCACAGGCCACCGCCCCUAACCCCUGACCCAAACGUGAAUAACUCGGCUUUGCGGCGCACGGCGCUGUUGGACUAUGAGAAUCUGCCUCCUCUACCUCCGGUGUGGGAGGCUCGAGCUCGGCCGGAGGAGCCGCCCUCCGCCCUCAACGGCUUCAGCUGCGCACCGCACAGCGCCCUCUACAGUCCAGCGCCACUCAGUGCGGUGUCGCACAGCGCACACUGUUACGUGAACACGGAGAACGUGACGGCUCCUCUGAGUGCUCACGUGGCUCUGCGUUCGCGUCGUGCAGCUGACGCUCCCACCGUCUUUAACUUUGACAUCAGACGCCCCCUGGAGGGACAGACCCUCAACUACGUGGAGGUGGAGACGGACACAAACCACAGCCCGCCCACGCCGCGCACACCCACCUCCCCCGCCCCUGGCACGCCCACUCGCAGAACCGAGCUGUAUGCCCUCAUCGACAUCCAGCGAACGGCCGCCAUGUCGUCUUUGCAGAAGGCCCGCCCCAAGGACGACGGCACCGCAAGGAAGACUCGGCACAACAGCACCGAGCUGCCCACAAAGGCCACGGCCUGAGGCUAGACCACAGGUAUAGGCCAGGUCUCAGUCUCUGCGGGGGGUGUGGCCUAAGGACAUGGGGGUGGGACCAAGAGCACUAUGGCAGCACUGCAGUUUGGACACUUCAUCUGCAGGGGGCAGUACGAUGUAAAACGAAGCACAACGUCACCUCCAGGGGGCAGCAGAGUAAAUCAUGAGUUUGGUACAAAAACGACGAUGCUCCAAAAAACAGGACUCUUCAGAAAUGUGCCUUUUCCUCCUCUCUCUCCUCCUCUCUCACCUCCUCUCUCUCCUGCCCCCUCUUCUUUCUCUCCCUCCCCCUCUAUGAAGUGUCCAAUCGUGUUUGGGUGCUGCUCGCUCCUCGGACUCUCGGAGCGCCGGACUCCACCUCCUCGGACGUUUUCUCUGAUUUUAGGUUCAUGUUUUGGGGUCAAAGGUGAAAGGUACUCGACAGUAUUAAUAAUAAUGAUCAUUCCAGUUAUAUCUUUUAUACUCACGCUGCUGUGUCACGGUACAACUGUAAAACUCGCCACAAUAAAUGCUCAUUUUUAUUUGUACUUCGGAAAAAA